AUGGAGCCAACACUCGCUCGAGUCCUCUUAUCCCUAUGUCCUCAAGUCACACCCAACUGUCUUGUGCUUGAUCAAUUUGAGAUCAGGAUAGAGAACAUGGACUUCGAAAGCUUCGAUUCCACCUUCGACAUGCCGCCCACAUCAUUUGAUGACUUGUCCGAUCCGAAUCUCUUCUUCGACUUCGACGCCUGCGCCGGGCCGGUCCCGGACGCGUCUUCAGGCAGCCCGUUGCCCUCUACACAAUCAACGGGCGCAACCCCUCCACCAACAGAAACGAACCCCCUAGAGGAGGAUUUCACAUCAAUCUUCAGAGACAUCGACCUUGGUGAUUACGUCGAGCCGACGAUCCAACCGUCCGACAUCUUCAUCCAGCGGCCCGAGGGCGUACAACCUCCCUCCACGCUCGUGCUACCCUCGGCACCCUCCAACGAGGACAAAGAGGCCUGUUCCGAGGAUAUCUUCUCCUCCCUCUUGGCCGACCUCUCAGCCCCGACUGAGCCUCAGCAAGGUACCGACGCCUCCCUCUUCUCCUUCCCUUCAACAUGGGCCACAAACGACAUCGACAUGACGUCUUUCACUUGGCCCACUGCCCCAAACCUCGACCUUGACUUGUUCACUUCACCCGAAGUCUCCCUCCCCGAGACAAAGACAUCCACCGCCCUGACCACCAUCGAGUCUUUCUUCUCAGACCUCUCUACCGUCUCGACCGGUGAAAUCCCAUUCACAUUCGACGAAGAGGCGGUAUCCCUCCUUUCCACUCUUCCGCCAGCCGUCUCCCUAACCUCACCGCAGUCCAUUUACCCCCCGCCAUUCCCUUCGACUACACUCUCGACAGCAACGACAACACUCCAGCACCCACAGCCAAUCGCCACAGCAUCUCCUACCUUCAUCAAAUCCGAGCGCUGCAGCGUAGAACCGUCUCAUAGCUUCGCACCCUCAAGCAUAGUCGAUUUCCAGGGCCAACUCCUCGCCACCCCAGUCCCCUCAACAACCGCCUCCCCCGCGCCCUCCGCCCGCGACACAACUCCGCCAGUCGUCAAUGGCAAGGUAAUCAAACGCAUCCCCCGUCCCGCGAAAGCAAAAGACAUCGACGCCUCAGACUGGUACGCCGUGCCCCCCGCGACGCCGGACUGGGGCGGCCCUUCUCCCGCGACCAAGCCCCUCUUCCAGUACAGACCAACCGGCGAAUGGAAACCCGAAUGCCGCUUCUCGCGUGACGAGCUCCUGCACUACAUGACGGAGCGUAAGCGCCUCUCCCUCCCGCUCACCAUCUGGAUACAGAACCAUCCGCACGGCUGCACCAGCCGCGUCCCGGACCCGAGGACCCUCAAAUGCCGCUGGAACGGCUGCCCCGUGCCGACGGGCACCAUCCUGAAGGGCUUCUGGAGGGUCUGCUUCGACGAGCGGCCAGAGUCUUCCGACGCGAGACACUUUGAGAAGGAGGAAAAGAACCCGAUGGCCAUGAACCGAGACGGCGACGAGAUGGUCAUGGAGUACGAGAACUGGCGCGAGGCGCAGAAGCAGGGCUACGAGGAGUGGAGGGCACUCUGCGAGACGAACAAGGUUCUCGGCCUGCCUACGGAGAACCGCGUCGUUGAAAAGCAGCAGAAGCUAUGGUACACCCUGACUACCAAACAUCUCGCCCUGGAGACCGGUGUCCGACAGCAGAUGCGGGAUUCCCGCGGCGGCAUAUCCAUCGAUCAGCACAGGGGCGACCUAGGCUGGUACGUCAAAAAGGUGAACGAGAGGAAGAAGCGGGCAAAGGCGCAGAGAGACGCCGGGUCAAGAGCGCUUGCUCGAUUGGCCGAUUGCGAAGAGAUCUUUAGCGAGGAUGAGGAAACUCCCCAGAGCGCAGUGGACGAUACCAAGGCCACUAAGAAGACACCGCGCCGCAAGGCUGAGGAUGACGGGCGCAACGCUGAGCUGGCCGAAACAAACGGCAAUAAGCGCCAACGCUGCCUGGUGGACGAGUGUGAGUUGGACGACAGCCAUAAACGCCAGCGCCGUCAGUGCAAAUCAAUCUCAUGA